GCGGACCACGGACUCCCCAGGUGCCGUCGCGGCUGUCGCGGAUACAUUAGCAAAAAGGGGGAGGGGGAAUUUGGCGCGACUUGCGGCGCAGUCUCUCUCGCACCCUUUGAGUGCGAGAGAGACAGCUGUUCGGAUGCACAUCGGUCGAUGAACAGGCGGACGUUGUUAGUCACCAGGCUGUCGUCGCGCUCUGUCUCUCUCUGUCUCUCUGUGGGCGGCUCGUGCGAGAGAGACGGAGUGAACGUCUGCUGUUCGGAAUCCGGUAUCUGCCUGCCUGCACCGGCUACAAAGUCGCAGACAGCUGAAUCGGUGUAACAGUGGAGGCGAAGGUCAGGGUUUCGCGCGGCCAGUGCGGUGAGGUCCAGAGCCGACACCAUGGACGCGGGCGGCCUGUGCGACAGGCUGCGCCACUUGCACGUCCGCGACGACGAGCUCGCCGGCCAGGACGCCGUCAACGCCGUCACCAACCCGGACGACAUCUUCCAGCGGUGGCGAUGCGACGCCCGCGCCGCCCAGCUCGUCAUGCCUGACAGCGCCAUCAUCACCACGUGCAGCAGGUUGGGCCAGGCCAGCGCCCGGACGGUGUGCCUGCGACGCAUGGACGAGGGGAGGUUCGUCUUUCUGACGGACAGUCGGAGCAAAAAGUGUAGGGAGCUGGCCGAGAACCCCAAGGCUGUGGUGACGUUCCUCUGGGCCUUCGUGGACAGGAGCGGUCUCAGGAUCGCUAGGGAGGUGCGCAUCGGCGGGGCGGUGCAGCCGCAGCCGCCGUCGGCCUACGAGGACCUGUACUGGUCGCUGAUCCCCAACCGACGCAUCCGCGCCUACAUCUGCGAGCAGGGCGCCGCGGCCGACUGGGACCGCCUCAAGGAGCGCCACGACCAGCUGCUCGUCGAGGUGGAGGCCGGCAAGAGGCUGCCCAUGCCCGCGCACUUCGUCGCCUACGAACUGUUCCCCUGCACGAUGGAGUUUUACGAGCAGGUGGAGGAGGAGGAGGUUUGCCAGAGCCUGCAGUUCAUCCGCGCGGAGUCCGGUGCAUGGACACUCGAAGAAUCGUCUUAAUUUGUUCUGGCUCUUCCCGGUCAAGAAUUGCAGAAAGAGUGUGCGGAGAGGUGAGAGGGAACUGGGAAUGAAUAGAACACGUCAAACUCAGGAUGAAACAUAGCAACAUUUAUUUACUAUGCAGCAUUCAGAGAAAUAAUGAAGAAGACCACAAUUGCAUUGCAAUCAGAUAAAGUUUCCUUGUCAAAAGAGAAGGUAGUAUGACAAGGAAGUCACAAUAAAUAAUUGUUAAAAAUGU